AUGGCUGCGUUCAAGUUGGAUUUCCUCCCAGAGAUGAUGGUGGACCAUUGCUCCUUGAAUGCUAGCCCUGUCUCAAAGAAAAUGAAUGGCACACUGGAUCACCCAGACCAACCUGAUCUAGAUGCUAUCAAGAUGUUUGUGGGUCAGGUCCCACGGAGCUGGUGUGAGAAGGAUCUAAGAGAACUUUUUGAACAGUAUGGUGCUGUCUAUGAAAUCAAUGUCUUGAGGGACAGGAGCCAAAACCCUCCUCAAAGCAAAGGGUGCUGUUUUGUUACAUUUUAUACCCGAAAAGCUGCACUAGAAGCACAGAAUGCUCUUCACAACAUGAAGAUCCUCCCAGGGAUGCACCAUCCUAUCCAGAUGAAACCAGCUGACAGUGAAAAGAGUAAUGCAGUAGAAGACAGGAAGUUGUUUAUUGGAAUGAUAUCCAAGAAGUGCAAUGAAAACGAUAUCCGAGUGAUGUUCUCCCCCUUUGGGCAGAUUGAAGAAUGCAGGAUAUUGCGGGGCCCGGACGGCCUGAGCCGAGGUUGUGCAUUUGUGACUUUUACAACAAGAGCCAUGGCACAAACAGCAAUCAAAGCAAUGCACCAAGCACAAACCAUGGAGGGCUGCUCUUCUCCCAUUGUGGUAAAAUUUGCAGACACGCAGAAGGACAAAGAGCAGAAACGAAUUGCUCAGCAACUCCAGCAACAAAUGCAACAGAUCAGUGCUGCCUCAGUAUGGGGAAACCUGGCUGGUCUCAACACACUUGGACCCCAGUACUUAGCACUUUAUUUGCAGCUCCUUCAGCAGACAGCAGCUGCAUCAUCUGGGAACCUGAACACGUUGAGCAGCCUCCACCCAAUGGGAGGUCUGAACGCCAUGCAGUUACAGAACCUGGCUGCACUAGCAGCUGCGGCCAGCGCAGCACAGAGUACCCCGAGCGGAACCGCUGCGCUCACCUCCUCCAGCAGUCCCCUGAGUGUGCUUACCAGCUCAG